CCAUCAGCAGUGUUCAUGGGUAGAAUGUUCCCCAGUAUGGCUGCCACCAUUGUCUAUGUCCCCUGGGUGAGCCGCAGCCACCUCUCACCUCUCCAGGAGACUCUCCCAGACAAGCAGCUAUAUGAGUUUUGGACUUCUCCACACCCAGGGCCAGAAUGCUGCUCCUCUGUCAUGCCCUCACUGUAGCUGUGGUCCAGACCUUUAUCUUCUCAGAAAACCGGGCAUUUGCCAAGAACAUCAACUUCUAUAACGUGCGGCCCCCUCUUGACCCGACACCAUUUCCAAACAGCUUCAAGUGUUUUACCUGUGAAAAUGCAGGGGAUAAUUAUAACUGCAAUCGAUGGGCGGAAGACAAAUGGUGCCCACAAAAUACACAGUACUGUUUGACAGUACAUCACUUUACCAGUCAUGGAAGGAGUACAUCCAUCACCAAAAAGUGUGCCUCCACAAGUGAAUGUCAUCUUGUUGGCUGCCACCACAGCCGAGAUUCUGAACACACGGAGUGUAGGUCUUGCUGUGAAGGGAUGAUCUGCAAUGUAGAGUUACCCACCAACCACACUAAUGCGGUCUUUGCUGUGAUGCACGCUCAGAGGACGUCUGGCAGCCGUGCCCCUGCGCUCCACCUACCAGUGCUGGCCUGGGCCUUCGUGCUGUUGUUGAUGUGAUACCACCAUUCCUGGGAGAGGCAGAGACCAGCCCUCUAAAGCACAAGCCAACAGCUGUGUAAACAGUGAACUUUGGAGUGAAGACCGAUCUUGCACUUGGUGAAGAAUGCUCACUGGACCGCAAAGCAGAAGCCAGUUAGUUGUUGCUUAGCUAAAAUGCUCCUGCACGAGGCCACUGAGGAAGGGGACUUGGCAGGGACUGAGGGAUUAUGUGGAUUUUAUAUUUCUUGAUCGAAGGGGCUGCAUUUUGUCACUUCUGCAAGGAGAGUCUUGCCAGCAGCUACUAUGGGCAGGUUCAGUAGCCUGUAUUGUCCCCACCUGACCAGGCCUGGAGCAGAAAGGACUCCUUGACCUGAUCAACUCCUUCAGGGGCUGCUGGAUCAGACCCUCUCUUUCCCGUGAUUAGCUCAGAGCAUCUCUACGAAAUAUAACCCUUCCCCAAUAAGAAAGCAAUUUCCCCGCCAACGGUGUAGUCAAUGAGAAGGGCAACUACAAGAAGAAAACUUCCAGUGGAACUAAUA